CGCAACUAAUCUCGGCCCAUUAAAGCCCGACGCAUACACUACUUAAGCCUCGCACCAUCCCCUCCACCCCUCCCACGCUGCCGCCGCCGCUGCAACCCUAGACCUCCUCCCCUCUCGGCUUCCCCUGCGCGGGUCCAUCGUCGCAUCGACCAUGACGUUCAAGCGGAGGAAUGGCGGGCGCAACAAGCACGGCCGCGGACACGUCAAGUACAUCCGCUGCUCCAACUGCGCCAAGUGCUGCCCCAAGGAUAAGGCAAUCAAGCGUUUCUUGGUGAGGAACAUUGUUGAGCAGGCUGCAGUGAGAGAUGUGCAAGAGGCUUGCGUGCAUGAUGGCUACAUUCUUCCCAAGCUGUACGCAAAGGUGCACCACUGUGUCUCAUGCGCAAUCCAUGCCCACAUUGUCCGUGUCAGAUCUCGUGAGAACAGGAGGAACCGUGAGCCUCCGCAGCGUUUCAGACGCAGGGAGGAUGGCCCAAGGCCGGGACAAGGUGGACCCCCACGGGCUGGCGGCCCUGGCGGCCCAGGUGGUGCCCCUCCUGUUCCUGGUGCUGGUGCUCCUGCCCCCCGCGUUUAGCUUGGGAAUGCUUUCCAAUGCUGCUCCUUGUUUUCUCUACCCUGGAUGUUGAGCUGUUCUGUUUUUAUGUAUUUGGUUGUACUGAAAGUUUGUUUAUGCACAAUUUGUGAUCCGGUCUUUAUUUUCACUACUGCACUAUCUAUAAUGGAAUGAGAAAGUUAGUUUAUGCACAAUUCGCCAU